AUGCUUGAGUUUUAUUUUGAUUUCAUGGAUAAGUAUCUUGAUCGUAGUGAUUUUCAGUAUUGUAAAAUGGACACCGACUCUGCCUAUAUCGCGAUCGCAGGACAGUCGGUAGAAAGUUUAGUAAAACCAGAGUUAAGAGAGGAAUUUGAAGCAGACAAGGCCAAUUGGUUUCCACGAACCGACACUCCAGAACACAAAGGUUAUGACAAAAAGA